UUCGUGUCGCUCGAGAUGGAGUUCGAAGAAGCCAUAGUGACGAAGGACUAUUUCGAGACGAUGAGUAACAUGAUCAUUUUGAGUGCAACAAUGGCCAUCUCCCUGACAUUCUGGAUCAUUUCUAUGCAGGCCAGCACUUACUAUGGCACAUUGCAGCCCGUGUCUCCAUGGCGUUGGCUGUUUUCAGUCCUGGUGCCCUUUAUUCUCACCACUCGCGCCGCAAAGCGGAAAAGCCUAGACCGCACAGGAGCUUUGGGAGGAAUGGUGGUCGCUUUCAUCCUGACCAUGGCCAACCUGAGCUUCUUCUCUGCAAUGCUUGCGUUUUUCGUGACCUCCUUCAAACUCACGCGCUGGAAGGGUGACGUGAAGAGGCGUAUUGAUCCGGGCUAUAAAGAAGGGGGCGGGAGGAACUGGGUGCAGGUGUUCUGCAGUGGGGGUGUCCCGGCAGAGCUGGCGCUGCUGUACAUGAUCGAGGCGGGCCCCGGAGAGAUCCCUGUGGAUUUUGGAAGGCAGUACUCAGCCACCUGGAUGUGCCUGUCUCUGCUGGGGGUGCUGGCCUACCGCACAGGGGACACCUGGGCGUCUGAGCUGGGACCCGUCCUCAGUGAGACCCCGCCCCGCCUCGUCACUUCCUGGAAGGAGGUCCCUGUGGGUACGAACGGAGGAGUCACUCCCGUGGGCCUCGCAGCCAGCCUGCUUGGCGGUAUGACAGUGGGCGUGGCUUACUACUUCACUCAGCUCCUGUUUGCCAGAGAUCUAGACCUGGCGGGCCCCCAGUGGCCAAUCAUUGUGUAUGGGGCCGCCGCAGGGCUGUUAGGGUCACUUCUGGAUUCCUACCUGGGAGCCAACAUGCAGUAUUCAGGUUACGAUGAAAGCAUCGGGGAGGUCGUGAGCUACGAGUCCAGGACAACCAAGCGAAUUAGUGGCAAACCCAUCCUGGACAACAAUGCUGUCAAUCUUUUUUCCUCUAUAAUAAUUGCGCUGGUGCUGCCCGGAAUGGCAUGGAGCUACUGGCCACAGUAG